UUUGCUAUAACCGUCGGUUUAGUUUUGAGACAAAAAUGCUUCAUUUAAUUUUGGUACGUAUGUCAGCCAAUUUGAUAACAUUUUAUCCUUUGUCACGAUAAAACACGUUAAAAAUGGUGAAAUUGAACCAUUUCUGCUACCACGUCAUUCGUACAGUAUUUCCACUGUCACUAAUGCAAAUAGUAAUAAUUGAAAAGCAUUGCAAACAGUACAGUAAUCAUCAAAGGCGCCACGUCCACUAAUUGCUGUUGACCAUUAUUCAAGGGGGGCGCUGUGAGGAUUUCUUCUUGUUUCCGCGGCCCACCAACGAGGAAGUCAAGUGGCACGCUAUUGGUCGGCGAUUCGGCGAGAGCGCUUUCCGAUUGGCCGCUCAUGCUUCCGCUUGGCUUCGGAGUGGCCCGCCAGCCGAGCGCUAAACGGCGCCAUCGUCGAACCGCGUCCGCUCGAGCGUGCGACGUUUCGCCAAAAAGCAACCGCGAGGCAGCCCGCCGCCGCGCCUUUCCUCUUGUCCCGUCUUACUCGCCAUUCGAAUGCUCUGAAAAACGGGCACGCGGAGUCGAAGACGCCGGGAGCUAACGCGGCUCGCCGCUAACGAUCGCGCGCCCAAACGCUCACUCCGCCCCUUCGUUUCUUUUCUUUUCUUUUCUUGCAUUUUUAUUUUUUGACGGUUGUUUUGUGCCGAAGUGUCAGUCAUCGAUGAGCUGCCCGGUCAACCUCCAGGCUUUGCAGGCUGCUGCUUUCCACCAGGCCCCCGGUCCCCGAAACGUGGGGGCGAGGUCCCUGACGGCGCUCAGCUUCCCCAAAUCCAGAACUUGUUUGUGGGACGGCCGCCCCGCCGGAGAGAAACUCUGCAUCCAGCUGUGCUCUCACAGAAUGCCGCGCCUCCUUCUGCGCGAGAAGGCCCUUCGUCUGGCUCAGCGUCACGCCCGCCGAUGCGACGCGUCUCCUGUCCGCUGCUUCUUCCUGGGCUCCGUGGCCGUGGACGCAGACGAGGAGGGCGUCACCGUGACGCUGGACCGCUUCGAUCCGGGGCGAGAGCGGGCCGCCGACCCGGGCCGCGUUCCUGCGGCCGCGAUGCCGGGGGAUGUGCUGGUUCCUUGCUCCUUCUCGGGCCAGGAGAGCUCCGAGGACCUCAUCCAAUCGGAGGCUGAGCUGACGCGCUCCAUCUCUGCAGUACGGGCUCACGUGAGCGGCCGGCAGCCCCUGGAUCUGUGCCAGCUGAUGAAGGUGAAAGGUCGCGUCAGCUGCGAGCGGCGGGGAGACGCCGCGUCCUUCUGGCUGGGCUGGUCGUCCGUGUGUCCGUCCGUCCGCUUGGACGCGCAGCCGGUCCGCCCCGUCCCCGUCAUCCCCACCGCGCUGCUCAGGAGUUUGAGUGGCGCGGGCGGCCGCCGGCGAGGGUUUGUGACGAUGGAUCAGAGCAGGAAGUUGCUGCUGCUGCUGGAGUCUGACCCCAAAGCCUCCAAACUGCCGCUGGUUGGCAUCUGGCUGAGCGGCGUGAGCCUCGUGUCCAACCCUCACGUGUGCGCCUGGUGUCUCCGGUUCCUCUUUGGCUCCGCCCUCCAAGACAGGGUUCUGUCGGAGGACGACGCUUUCCUGCUGGUCACCUUCGCCUCCCCGCGCGCGGCGCCCGCCUUCUUCCAGUGUCGGCCUUCCGCGUCCGCCCCCGCUCGGCGGCUGGAGUGCCGGCUGCUGAGCGCCCGGCGGCGCGUGACGCUCUACCAGGGCGCGGCGGCGGAAGGUCGGCCUUUGGAGUUCCAGCUGAUCCCGGAAGCCGACCCGAGGCAAGCGCGAGUCUUCCGAGACGCCCGGCGCUCCUUCGGCAGUGACAGUCCUCCUCCUCCUCCUCCUCCGGCGGCGACGACAUGUGUCAGCGAGCAAGACUCUGGCGUGCAGGACGACGAGUGGUCACCUCGACCUUCGCCUCGCCCCCACUUUCCCGCACAGCAGGCUCCUCCCGUUCAGCCGGCCGUUCCGGAACUUUCUCUGUUGAUGGACGGCGGCGCCGAGGACGACGGGGAGCGGGCUCCUCCUCUCCUCCACAGCACCCCCGACCCUCACCCCCCUCAGCGGACCACCCGCCGCCCCCCGCUUGGCACGCCGGUGGCCCGCAGCCCCCCCGCGCCCAAGCCUCGCCAUCCUCCCGCCUCCGCGCCGGCCGCCGGGUCGCCCGCCCGUGUGCCGCGCUCCUCCUUUGAGACGGAAUCGUGCGACGCCCGGCGCUUCCUCUGGCAAGACCGGCAGCUCCGCCUCCUGCAGGCUCAGGUCCAGAUGCUGCUGGAAGCUCAGGCGGUGCGGCCGACCCGCGGGACCGAGGGCACCUGUACCAGCAGCAGCGUUGCCGUGGCAACGGGUGCCAGUCUCCUUUGGUGCGCUCAGACUCCGCCUCCCCAGGCGGUCCCUGGCGCCCUCGCCUCGCCCUCCCGGGAAGACGACGUCGCGGGCCCGGAGCCGACGGUCGAGACGGAGCCCCGCUUUUACGGCGACCGCACGCACGGAGCGGCCGAAGCGACGAGCGGCUCGCCGGCGUCCCAGAGGAAGGGGCGCGGCGGCGGCGGCGCGGAGGGCCGAGAGGUCGUGACCGGCGUGUCGCAACAACGCAGCGCGCCGACCGACCCGGACGGGACGGCCAUUUUGCUGGAGUACCUCAAGCGCUCGCCGCCGGGCGACGCGACCUCGCCGGGCCCCGCCCUCUCGCCGCUGUCGCCGAGCAACAUGUCGGUGGCCACGGCGACUUACAUGCGUCGUCACGGCCUCCUGGCGGGCCCGCUCGAGCUCCUCCCGCGGAGCCGCUUGAUCGGGGAGCCGAGGCCCGCGGCGGCGCCGCCGGCCGACGAGAUGGCCGACGAGGAGAAGCCCGAGGCCGGCCGGCCGCCGGCGCCCGGGGACGCCUCGGUGGGCAACAUCCUGGACCUCAGUCGCCUCAGACAGCUGCCCAAGCUCUUUUAACGCUCAGGGCGUGUUUUGGCUCGUCCUUAACGGGUUAGUGUGGAGCGUGCGUGACGUGCGAGCCGUCGAGUGGAAAAAGGCCCCCGACGUUGCUGACCUAACGGGCGAAAAGCGCACGUGAUGUUCAAGGUUGUGGAAAGCGCUUCGUUGCAGCUGCCGUCGAGAACGGCGGAUCGUCUCGGAGGCUGCGGACGGACGCUCGCUCUGCUCGUCGAGUACAAAUAUGACCGUCGCCCCCUCGGGGUCCCAAGGUCCACGCCGUGUUUGCGCACCGCAGGUCGCCGACCUCCGUGACGCAUAAAUCCCGCGUGUCGUCUGCCCAG